AAUUAUUUCCCCCCAAACCUAAGAAGAAGGAACUGGGCACUUCUUCAGUGGAAUGAAGCAUGCCUGGUGUCUCCCCCCAUCUUUAUUCCUCAGUUUGGUGAACAUUUGCUUAGUUCCGGCCAACUACGCGCCCUAUUUUUUUGACAAUGGAGCCAGCAGCACCAAUGGGAACAUGGCGCUUUUCAGCAUUUCCGAAGACACACCCGUGGGUACCCACAUAUAUACACUCAAUGGAACAGACCCAGAAGGGGAUCCUGUGAUUUACGGCAUGAGUUUUGAAGCUGGGUCUAGAAGCUACUUUGCCGUUGAUAAAAACUACGGGAACGUUACUCUGAUUGAGGAACUUGACCGCGAGAGAGAAGACGAGAUUGAGGUUGUAGUCAGCAUUUCAGACGGCUUAAGUAAAGUAGCUGAGAAAGUCAGAAUCUUCGUAACAGACACUAAUGAUGAGAGCCCAGAAUUUCUCCACACACCUUACAUAAUUCAAGUCCCAGAGAAUGCUCCUGCAGGAAGCAGCAUCUUCAAAGUUCAAGUCAUGGACAGAGACAUAGGAUCCGGGGGAAGCAUUACCUACUUUCUACAGAAUGUCCACACAAAUAAGUUUACGAUAGAUCGUCACAGCGGUGUCCUUCGCAUCAAAACGGGGAUCGCUCUCGACUAUGAAAAAUCAAGGACUCAUUUUGUUACUGUGGUGGCAAAGGAUGGAGGCGGCAAGCUACGCGGUCAUUACAGGGUCUUCUCAGCCACAACCACCAUCACGAUCAAUGUAGAAGACGUGCAGGACACCCCGCCAUUGUUUAUCGGCACUCCAUACUAUGGCUAUGUCUAUGAAGACACCAUGGAGGGUUCUGAGGUGAUAACAGUUGCUGCUGUUGAUGGAGACCGAGGGAAGCCUAACAAAAUUCAUUACUCUCUUCUGAACGGAAGUGAAGAGUCAUUUGAAAUAAACAACAGAACUGGAGCCAUUUCUGUUAUUACCAACCCAAUUAAACUGAAGGAAGAAGUGUAUGAACUGAAAAUUCGGGCCUCUGAAAUAGUUCCAGAUGGUGAGAAGGUGGCGCAUGCUUUUGCUACGGUAACUAUAAGGAUUGUUGACCUCAACAAUCACCCGCCAACGUUCUAUGGAGAAAAUGGCCUACAGAACCAGUUCGAGCUCACCAUGUAUGAACAUCCACCAGAGGGUGAGAUCUUGAGGGGACUCAAAAUUACUGUCAACGAUUCAGAUCAGGGAGCAAACGCCAAAUUCAACCUCCGCCUUGUUGGGUCAGGUGACAUCUUCCGCGUUGUCCCUCAGACUGUCCUGAAUGAAGCCCAGGUCACCAUAAUAGUAGAAGACUCUAAGGCCAUAGACUAUGAAAAAUUCCAGGUUUUAUCCUUCAAGCUUCUUGCGAUAGAAGUGAACACUCCUGAGAAGUUUAGUUCAACAGCUGAUAUCACGAUACGUCUCUUGGAUACCAAUGACAAUGCCCCAAAGUUUUUAUCAGAUUACUACAUCGCCCGGAUUCCAGAGAAUUCGCCUGGGGGUUCCAAUGUCGUGGCUGUAACAGCAACAGAUCCAGAUUCAGGACUUUGGGGUGAACUGAAAUAUUCCAUAUAUGGAACAGGAUCGGAGAUAUUCCUGAUCCACCCGUCUACUGGGAUUAUCUAUACCCAGCCGUGGGCCGCAUUAGAUGCUGAGGUUGCCUCCAAGUACAACUUCUAUGUGAAAGCAGAAGACACAGAAGGGAAGUACAGCUUGUCUGAAGUCUUCAUUACUGUGCUUGACGUCAACGACCACUCGCCGGAGUUCAAUGAGAACAUCCAGGAGAAAACCAUGAUUAUUGGAUCACCAGUGAAAGUGCAGGCAAUCGACCAAGAUGCAGAAGAACCCAACAACGUAGUAGACUACACCAUCAUGCAAGCUGAUCCAGCCAAUGUCUUUGACAUAGACUCAAGCACGGGAGAAAUCAAGCUGAAAUCCUAUAUCCGAUCCUUGGACAUCAUUCACAACAUCACCAACUACAAAGACUGCAUUUGGUCCCUGGUCAUCCAGGCCAAAGACCGGGGCUCUCCUUCGUUUAGUACCACCGCUCUUCUGAAGAUUGAUAUCACAGAUGAGACUCUUCGCAAAGGGCCUAUAGCCGCCUUUUUGAUGCAAACAAAAGAUAACCCCUUGAAAGCUUUAGGAGUUCUAGCUGGUGUCAUAGCAGUUAUGGUGAUGAUCACUGUCUUGAUCUCUACCAUCAUGUUCUGGCGCAAUAAGAGGUCCAACAAAGUCAUGCCGGUGCGACGGAUCAUUAGAAGAAGACCGAACUCUCGACCCCGAACGGCCAGGCUAGAGUGGCUGAAUUUCAAGAGCUUGUCCAACCUUACCAACUUUACCCAGAGGUUCACCAGCCAAGAAGAUGACAAGAGCCUGAAGAAUGAGAACAGCAACAACAACUUGCUCCAGGUGCCGCCCCCUUCACCGCCAACUGCUCCACUUCCGCUUCCGCCUCCUGCCCCUCCAUUCAAGAUCACCCUCUCUGAAUGGAGAGUCCCCACAGUGUCCGGAUCUCUGAGCCCCAAGAUCAAAAGCAAACACGUGAAAAAAAAGGGCUUUGCUAACAUGGCCCACAAUGCCCUAGUAUCUGAGCUCAAACAGAGGCUUGAAAAGAGAAACACAAGCUGCAGUCACCUUCAUGUUUAGCACCUCUCUGGAAGCUGAAUGGAAAAGUGCAGUUGGCAUUCCAAUUACAUGGUGUGAUUGUUCUUUUGUGUUUUGCACUUACUUACCCAUUCCCUCUCCAGCCGCGGGCGUUCGUAACAGUAUUUCCAUUUCAUUUGCUCGGAUAUUUGCCAUUGCGUACCCGAUUUCCUUGUGGAAUUGUUUCACUUAUAUCAUUAUGAUAUCAGCGUGAUGCAGAUUUGUUACAAAUUUUCUCUAGAGUCUUCAUACAAAG